GUCCGAGUGAAAUCCGUGGGCAUCCAAGAGUCUUCCGCCCGCAAUAUUCCGUUUACAGCAACUGUAUGCGUCGCGCUAGCACGGGUGGAUUGCUGUAACCUGGCGAUGCACGCGCUUGCGAGUACUGAAAAGACCACCAUCUGAUGGAAUCCUCGAUGUCCAACGCUGCGUCUUGAACUCCGGCGGCACUCCCGAUGAACGAAAAACCUCGCCCGCAGCGUUCCGGCGUCGAGUGCUUCCUGAGCUGUCGACUGGACGAUGUGUCUAGAUACAAAUAGAUUCGAUCAUUCGGGAGGGGAAGCGUGCGAGGUGAUGCUUCUCUCGAUUAUUAUACUACGGUUGGACAGGUGAUGGGCUAACUAGAGAAAUAAAUGCUCUUGAGAGUUAAACUUGUCUAUCUUCCUGUCCGGAAAGUAUGCGUGGCCUUGGACCAACUGCAUGUGCAUGCUCACACCCAUGCCCGUGCCUAACUUAAUCGGGCAAAAACUGCGUCUCGUUGGUGCACUGGGAGUGAACUGACCCUGUAAAAAUUAAAAAAAGGACAAUUCAGAGGGUUUGAAACUUCGCUGAUGAGGCAAUUCUUCCAUGGAUACACCGACGACUUCCUAACAUGGCUGUCUGUUGCUCCCGAUGCAGCUGGCUGUUGCAACUGCAACAGUGCUAGCGUCUGCAGACCUUCGCACGUCUGUUAUCGCCGAUUUCCUCUCUGUGAAUUCGGCUCUAUCGGGAUUGGAUCUCUCUGACGCCUGGAAUCGCAGUAGUUACCUCCUAGUGUAGGUCUUGGUCUACCUUCACCCACAUUUUUCUGUUCUUUUCCUCCACUUCUACUCCGAUGUGGCUGGCUGGUAAAGGCGAAGUGGGUCGUAUCCAAACUAGUUUCCCUCAAAAUGGGGCAAUUUACCGAGGUGAAAGCUACAGAUAUCUACUAGUUGAUCGGACCAGCUGUCUAGCACAGGAAAUAGCGAAAGACACGACAUGCCCGAGAGAGUUGUACACCGUCUAAUCGUCAAUCAAUGGGGGCAGGGUCAAGCAGCCUUUCUACUUUGUUGGAAUCGCUCAAAGUGACUGAAGAAUUUUCAUCGGUUCACUAAUUUUGGUUCCUAGAUCCGAAACCAGUUGACCGAGGAGCACUCUCCACACGUGGUCGAACGGAGAAGCCCACGGGAACCAGAUGUCUAUGACGGGGAAGAGUCGGCGAGGCCGAAGCGUUAUUGACUUUCGCACAACAGCCGGAAAUACCACGGCAGGAAAGCUGCCUUGCGGAGGUACCUGUGCCAUGAAUUCAAUGCUCCAAGGCGUGCUCGUUUCCACGUCGGUAAUGGCGGCAUCUGGCGACGAAAGUUGCCCGGAGUUCGAAUGGCUCGGGCAACAAAAUGACAACGACUGCGGGCUGACAUGCGUUAGAAUGGUUCUUCGCAUCCUGCGCCGCGUCCGGACGUCAUCGUCGACUGCUCGAUCAGUGUGCGGAAUUUGUGAAUACGACGCGUCUCCUGACCUAAACUUUACCCAGGAUGCCUCUUUGCUGAUGCGGACGAACCCACUCGGGACGAAGCGAGUUUUUGAUGUACGUGAAAAACGCGGUGCUAUGCCCAGGCAGGACAUGUGUGCCGUCGGUGGGGAAGACUCCAUCGACUUAGACUGUGACGAGACGUUAGUGUGCAGUUUGCGGAAGCAUGCGCAGAAGUCGACAGCUUACUCGCGGUCGUCGACGCAACAAGUGAAGUCUGCUUCUACUUGCCAGCGGGAUCCGCCAUCCGAGAAAAGGCAGGUGGGAUGUGUGACGCGGACUCUAGGUUCGCUAGCAAACGAAGACAUCAGGGAACUUGCUGGCGUCCCUUUCGACGCGAUACUCGCACAGCGGCGAGAAGAAACAUGUCGACUCUGGCAGCGACUCAGUGUGGGCGCAUGGACCGUCGACCUUUUCCUGCUCCUCCUUCACCUCGGCCUAGGCGCCUCUUGCCUCUUCGCUACUGUGUGCGAAGGCUUCAACGCCAUGCAUGUUCAUCGGCCUUUCUACAAAGAUGCAGAAGCCGAAGAGCAACAGCGCGUUGAUCGCCAGUUCAGCCUCGUUCGACAAGCAGGGGGCGUCGUGUUGAACAGGAGUUUUUCGGCGCUGGAGCUGCGUGAGUUUCUGAAAACAGAGGGAGUGAUCAUCUGCUUGGUACAUAGAAAGAUCGUGGACGCCUAUUUGUCCGUGAUGAAGUCCCGCUUAGUCAGGUCAAAACAGGAAGCGAGUACGCUGCGGGCUUAUGCGAGGCAAGCUGCAACAUCGGCAACCAACCAGGAGUACGAAGGACACUUUGUCGUCUUGGUCGGCGUUAGGAAGGCAGUGGAGCCGUGCACCUCGACUCCGGAUGAGCUAUGCAGCUCUCCUUUUCCGCCGAAUCACAGUGCAACGGGACCUUCCACUAGGAACUCCACAGCUCACUCAGCAAACCUAAGCGUUUCAAAUGGGGAAAAUGGAGUGCUGGCAGGUGCUCGGAACUGUGAUCUGAGCACAGGAUCAGCGUGCAAUGCGCAGGGUACCCAAACACACCAGCGUUACUGGCUACGGCACAGAAGCAAGGAGACAGGAAAAGUGAAAGUUACCGGUUCAGUGCAAGGAAAGGCAGGCGAAAUCGAUGCAGCAGAGUGGGAUUAUUUCUUUCUUGACCCUGCAGAGCCAGGGAUGCAAAUUGUUGACGAGGAUGUCCUGACUUUGGCCAGAAAAGCUGCAGGGACAGACGAAGAUCUUAUCUUCAUCUACACAAAAGGCUUCAUCGACAUCAAUCGCUUCCAGACAACUUUUUCCACGGCUUGAAGGCGGGGUCGUCUGAAGAGGCACAUUCGUGGGGUGACUUGCUUUGCUCCGGCCAGACUUCCCAGGGUCGUCGGAAUCUCGAAAGGUAUUACUCCAGCGGGAGGAAUACCCGCGGCGCUUUUGUGCGCACCUUUCGUGGAGCUGCCCAGGCUGUCCGUGGUGCUCUCAUUUUCGCAUGUCGAGACGGUCUCGUCGUUCCGGUCCUUCGUGGUUGUCGUAUAUACAAAUACGAACAGCAGAGCACACAUAUGGCAUCAGUUUUGUCUGUCUGGUUCUUCAAACACAUAAAAUGCUGGACGAAGCGUCACAAUGGAUGCCAGCGUUUAGCACCAGGCUUUCGUGUCGGUCGGAAUAGGAGAGCUCCAAGGCUCAUUUUCACUAGGAAGGUAAAGCAUGUGACAGAUCCCUAACAGUGAAACCGGCGUUAGGACGGGGUCGUGUCUCUGAGGUUACGCCGAGCGAAAAUUUCAAACGGUUGGUCAGGUCGCGCUUCCUAGGAGUUUUACGGUGGCGGGAUACGCAGGUAUUACAGGAGAGAAAGCCGGUGGUAGCUGACAGCAGCAAGGAGCGACGUGGGCAGCAGAGGGGAAAAGGGGCGACAUUCCGUCGCCUUCAAUACUGUGUGGUCGGUAAGUGUGGAGAUGCCUCAACGCAGAGACGGGUUGUCUUUCUGUUUCUUGUGAUCUGGAUAUCAAAGCAUUCUGUGAACUAUGGCCGUAGAGUUCGAACUGACGGGACGGGAGACGUGCAGCAAAUCAACCGUCCGUCCAAAAGAACAAUGGAAUCCUCCCGUGCCUGUGACGAUGACGCAAUAGACGUUUGCGAAGACGUGCGGCAGGGUGAUUCGCUGCGACUGUUUUGACAGCUUUCGGAAAGUGACGAAAGCUGUGACUUGUUGUCUGACAAUGUGAAGAGUUUAUUAUUCCACCGCUGAACCCGUGGCAAUGGCCUCCAACGAUACGUCGAACAGAAAGGUGUCUCGCCUAAAUCUCGC